AUGGCCCCAGGCAUCCUCGCAGAUGACGGCGGUGUCUCCGUCGUCGCCCCCAAGACCUCUGUUGCGGCCGUCAAGCGUCCGCUCUUGGAAGAGAAUGAGGCGUCUCACGAUAUCGUGCUCAAGACGUUUCGUCUUCUUAUUGCCGAUCUCUGUCAACAGUACAAUGGUGGUCACCCCGGGCAUGGCCGCCAUCGGCGUCGCCCUCUGGAAGUACGUGAUGCGCUACGCCCCCACACACCCACCUUCUUCAACCGCGACCGCUUUGUCCUCUCCAACGGCCACACCUGCCUGUUCCAGUACGCCUUCCUGCACCUGACGGGCUACAAGGCCAUGACUUUCGACCAGCUCAAGUCGUACCACUCGGACCGCGUCGACGCCUUUGCCCCGGCCACCCCGAGAUCGAGCACGAGGGCAUCGAGGUCACCACGGGACCCUUGGGCCAGGGCGAGGGGUGGCGCUCGAGGCGAUUUCCUCGCCGGGCACUUUAAGCUCAACAACCUCACCAUCAUCUACGACAAUAACCAAAUCACCUGUGACGGAUCCGUCGACCUCACCAACACCGAAGACGUCAACGCCAAGAUGCGCGCCUCCGGCUGGGACGUCCUCGACAUCGAGGACGGCUGCUUCGAUAUCCACGGCCUCGUCGCCGCCCUCGACGCCGCCCGCACCACCGCCACCAAACCCACCUUUAUCAACGUCCGCACCGUCAUCGGUCUCGGCAGCAAGGCCGCGGGUACCGCCGACGCCCACGGCGCCGCCUUUGGCACCGGCGACGUCGCCGACAUGAAGCGCGCCCACGGCUUCGACCCGGAAGCCCACUUCGUCGUCGGCGACGAGGUCAGGCGCUUCUUCGACGAGAUUCCCGCGCGCGGCGAGGCGCACGUGCGCGAGUGGGAGGCCCUUGUGGGCCGCUACGAGGCCGCGCACCCGGACCUUGGCGCUAGCUUCCGCGAUAGGGUGGCCGGCAAGCUGUCUCCGAGGUGGAGGGAGCUCAUCCCCGCUCCCGGUAGCUUCCCGACUGGUGCGACUGCUACCCGCGCUGCGUCUGGUCUUGUCCUGAACCCUAUUGCCAAGGAGCUCGACAACUUUAUGGUCGGCACGGCGGAUCUGUCGCCCUCCGUGCACAUGAUUUGGCCUGGCAAGGUCGAUUUCCAACAUCCUGAUCUCAAGACUGGUUGCGGCAUCAACGGAAACUACACCGGCCGCUACAUCCACUACGGCAUCCGCGAGCACGCCAUGUGCGCCAUCGCCAACGGUCUCGCCGCCUACAACACGGGCACCAUCAUCCCCGUCACCUCUUCCUUUUUCAUGUUCUACCUCUACGCCGCCCCCGCCGUCCGCAUGGGCGCCCUCCAGCACCUCAAGCGAGGAGACGGCGGGCGCUUGACCGCCGCCCUCGCCGCCGAAGGCACCCCCACCAUCGUGUCCACCAGCCGCCACAAGGUGCCCCAGCUCGCGGGCACCAGCCGCGAAGGCGUCCUCCGGGGCGCCUACGUGCUGCGCGAGAACCCCGCCGCCACGCUCACGCUCGUCGGCGUCGGCGCCGAGCUGUCCCACGCCGUGGGCGUCGCCGAUCGUCUGCGCGAGCGCGGCGUCGAGGCCCGCGUCGUCAGUUUCCCUUCGUGGAGGCUGUUCGAGGCCCAGCCCCUCGAGUAUAGGCGCGAGGUCCUCCAGCGCCACCGCCUGCCUGCUGUCGUCAUCGAGCCGUACGCUGCGAAUGGCUGGGGCGCUACGCGGAUGCGGGCGCGUGUAUGA